CUGCCCCAGCAAAAUAUAUUAGCUCAUUUUUACCUUGAUAAGCAGCUUAGAAGUUUGAUUUAGCAAGUCGGUCCGUACCAAUCUCAGCGAUAUUUACAGCAGCUCGUAUAGAACGCCGGAUAAUACCCUUCCACAUACGCAUAUCAACAAGGCCAGUGCAACUGCAACGAAAAGCAAAAGCGAAGAAAAAGCGAACGUUUUAAUAAUGUGCAACUAGUGGCGGCUCUCAAAAGAAUUGAAGCAAGCACGCUGCAGUUUUUGUAGCGAUCAUGAAUUUGGAAUCCAUAUUUCGCGACUUUAAUCCCUGCAAAUUCAUAGUGCACUGCAGCCUGUUUACAUUUGUGACGUUGUUUGCACUGCGUCUGGAUGGUUUUAUAGAUUGGCCUUAUUGGGCUAUUUUUACACCGUUAUGGAUAUGGAAAUUUACUGCUAUACUGGGCGCCAUAGUGGGCGCCAUUGUCUGGUGCCGCUAUCCACAUUAUCGCCUGGAAGGCGACGCUUACACUCAAUUCAAGGCAAUGCUUAUCUCGCUGUCAUUGCAUUUAAUCCUGUUGAUGUUUGAGCUGCUGGCCUGUCACAAACUAACCUCAGAGCGACAUCUGUGGGUGCUGGUGUUCAUUCCAUUGAUAUUUGGCUCUGUGGUUAGUGUGGGUGCCUGCGUGUGGGCCGUGAAACAUGAUCGCAGCUUUGAGUUGGAACUAUUUCUGGCCGUGAAUGCCCUGCAAUUUGUAUCUUUGCCACUUAAGCUGGACCAGUUUGUCUAUUGGAACUGGGAUGUAGUGUUUGUGCCAAUGUGGAUAGUCAUAUGUCUAAGCUUGGUUAGCGUCCUUUACAAUAUUAUAUUCUGUGGCAUUAUGAUGCGCACGCCCGAGGUAUCGUUGCAACAAAAGAAGGCGGCGCUAAAUGCAGCUGUGGGCAACAUCUGUACUGUGCUGCCGCUGCUCUGCUUUCAGGUGGUCAUCUGUGACAAAUUGGAUGGCGAGAUUAAAUUACCUUACACCUUGGUAUUUGCACCACUGCUGGUUUCCAUCAUGGCGCUGAUUUGCCUCAGCUUUACUGCCAAGGGUGGCAACAUGUGGUGGUUUGGUAUACGCAAAUCCUUUAGCCAGUUUUUGCUCUCGGCCAUGCCAUUUCUGCAGGAAUAUGGCAACAUUAGCUAUCACGCCGAGACGCAAAGCAAUGCGGCGCAAUCAGUGCCUCUGGAUGCGUCCUCCUCUAGCACUAGCAUGGCAGCAGCCACGGAGCAGCUGCACGAGUUUAGCAAGCAUGAUAAGAAAAGCAAGAAGGCGGCGAAGAAUGAUAUUAUGAAGCCGGUGGUGCCAUUUAUAAGCAUUGAUCUGCCAGAUUAAGGAGCACAACUUACAUACACACACACACACACACAUAAACGCCUAAAGUUAGUUGCUUUAUAUACAAACAAAAAACUAUUGGCCGUAGCUAAUCUGUACUGAAUUUUAAUUAUAAGUCUGCUCGCCUAUACUUCCCACCCAUCCCCACCCCACACCCACACACACACCUAGAGCGCUUCCACACACACACCCAUGCAUAUAUCU